AUGGCGGAUUCCGAAUCCUCCAGCCUGCAUAGCAGGUCACGCCGCGCCUGGACCGUCUCCGCCGAGUCGGAUGUCAUGGAGAGCUCCGGGAGGAGCAAUGGCCGCUCCUCCAUUGAAUCCUCAGAACGUCCUAAAACUCAGGCAGGAGAGGACCCCGAUUCCGCCAAGGCUGGUUCCAGCGGUUUCUCCAAACUUCUCAAUGCCCGUCGCCGCCGGAAGAAGAAGAACAACCGGGAUCCAUCGGAGGAGCCUCAAGUGCCAGGUGUGAUCACCGAGCAGGACCUGCAGCUCAGCCGAUCGAAUGACUCUCGUGAGGGUACCUCGGGCGCCCCUUCAUCGACCAACAGCUCCGCUCCCCUGGAAAACGAGGCCAUCACCCUCCUGACCGAUGAUUCUGAACCAGACAGGACACCCCCACUUACCUCUCACAACUCCCAUACCGGUUUCUAUACUUCCUCCUCCCCCCUCAUCAAAACAACCUCCGUCGAUGCCGCCGACAGCCAAGGGACGCAGGGAGACCCCGAGUCGGCAGCAAGUGGCCCAAGUGCCACAGGUUCAGACAAAUCACUUUCCGACGAACGUGUCCCAAGACAGGGGAUCCAGUCAAGUAUGACACUCGACAUACCAGGAGACUCCAACAGCAAGCGACGAAGUGCCUCUCCAGGCAGACGCUUCAAGGACGCCUUCAGCACAUCAGACAAGAAGGAGAAGGAGAAGGAGAAGAAGAAGGAGGAGGAGGAAAGGGAACAAGAAGACAAAAGCGAGGACAAAAAGGAUGUGAGCGAUGACCAGGAUCGCGCGUCAUCGAAAUCAGGCGCCAGCAAGAGCAGCCGGAGUAUAUUUGGAGGCAGCCGACGGAGCAGUCUAUCAUCAAAACGGGCAAAGGCAGCCCAGGAAAACGUUCCACCGAUGCCUGUCCCGGCUCCCAUACGUACCGAUUUGACCGAACCAAAACCUCGCUCCCUAGAAGCCAGUCCCCUACCAAACACUCCACCCCACACGGCCAUUCCCGCCCCAGCGACCACAGUGACCCCUCCAACGCCGACAGAGCACCGUCCACUCAAUCCACAGAUAUUUGCCGAAGGAGUUACGGGCUCGCCAGAGUCUAUCCAGUCCCGGAACUCAAUCUCUUCGCCAGGGGUCACCACCGUGAGUCCCUCCGGAAAUAUGAUUUCACAUCGGCGGGUGCGGUCUGCUUCCGCAGCUCAUGGCCCGAGCAAGUUGUCCAACGUCACGGCAUUGAGUCCGCUGGAUGAGAACAAAAUCCUCCCCAAAAGUGCCUCCAAUCAACAAAAUGGAUUCUUUUCAUCUGUCUUCUCCGCCGCCCAAAAUGCGGCCACCUCAUUUAGCAACCUAACUCAGCAAAAGAAUCGUCCGACCUCCCAACCUGCACCCACCGACUUCGAUAACCCAUCAAUGGAAACCAGUACCGAAGAUCUCGACAAAACUCCAGUAAAAGACAACCGUCCUGAAAUCACAAAGCCAACGACUGUAGAAACGAUGGGUACCGGAGAUUUGAACUUUGGACAUCUGGAUAUUGAUGGGCCUUCUGGCGAAAUUAUCUCUACUGCUGACGGAGUGGCUGUGACGAAGCCAUCCACACCAAUCGACAAGCGCAAGAACACCGCUGUUUAUCAGCGGGAUGAAGCAGCUGCCAAACUGGAAGACAAACGCGCGGCUCGGGCUGUCACCAUGGCUUACGAAAGACCAACCGAGUCAUCCGCCCUGGGAUCUCCUGGCGAGGAGCCAUUGGAGCUUCAGUCCACUACUUCACUACCCAGAGAGGGCACCAUCACCGGUGACCACACCCCGCCAACAGGCAGCAUUAUCGAUGGUGACAUUGGCAGUGGUAUCAAACGAAGUGGCAGUGUUCGCAGCCGGCUUGCACGCCGUCACAGAGGCUCAUCCGGUGCCACAACAUCAACAAUUGGCGCUAUUGGCGCUAUUGGCGGCGGCGCUUUGGCUCUUGGUGUCCCUGGUGUCAAUUCUAGCGUGCCCCGGUUGACUGGAUUCGCCGUGGCAAGCAAGAAACGCAACAGGGACUUCCAUCAAUUAUUCCGGAGUGUCCCCGAGGAUGAUUAUCUCAUUGAAGAUUACAGCUGCGCCCUCCAGCGUGAGAUCAUUCUUGCUGGCCGUAUCUACAUCUCUGAAGGUCACAUCUGUUUCUCAAGCAAUAUUCUCGGAUGGGUGACUACCCUAGUUAUUAGCUUUGAUGAGGUUGUGGCGAUCGAGAAGGAAAACACUGCAAUGGUGUUCCCCAACGCGAUUGCUAUUCAAACACUGCAUGCUCGUCACACUUUCCGUAGUCUCCUCAGUCGUGAAUCGACAUAUGACCUGAUGGUCAACAUCUGGAAGAUCAAUCAUCCAUCUUUGAAGAGCUCUGUUAAUGGUACCCGCGUUACAAAUGGCACUGGUGAUAAGACAGAGAAGGUUGGAGAUGAAGAAAGCGAAUUGGAAAGCGAGGUCUCCGACGAAGACGAGAUCUACGAUGAAGAUGAGGAAGGCGAUCACGCCGAUAGCUUCUUUGAGGCUGGGGCCAGCGCCAACGCGAGUGAGCGAUCACUGCCAGCGCGAGGGUUGAGUCGUCAGCCCUCCGGCCUAUCAACAAACGGAGUGACCAAUGGAGCUCCACAGAAUGCCAGCGGGGAAACUAAAAACGGUGACAAGCCCGGGGCUUCAAAGGAGCCUGACUUCCCCGGUCCAACCACGCAUGCGCCCACCGAAUACUCAGAGCCUAACGGGCAGUAUGAGAAGGUUAUCAAGGACGAGACGAUCCCGGCACCACUUGGAAAGGUCUACUCUCUUGUUUUCGGUGCGGCUUCUGGUGAAUUCAUGACAAAGUUUCUUGUCGAGAAUCAGAAAUCAGGCGAAUUGCAGUUUGAAGGAACGGCAAAGGGUUUGACCAAUGAAAGUCGGAUCAGGAAGUAUUCUUACAUCAAGCCUCUCUAUGGAUCAAUUGGCCCAAAACAAACCAAGUGUAUAAGCACUGAAAAUAUGGAGUAUCUGGAUCUGGAAAAGGCCGUUCUCGUUACACUGAGCACCCAGACUCCCGAUGUCCCCAGUGGUAAUGUUUUCGCUGUGAAGACCAAAUAUCUUUUUACCUGGGCCACUGGUAAUCAUACUCGCUUCCUCAUGACAUGCAACAUUGAAUGGUCCGGCAAGAGCUGGCUGAAAGGUCCUAUUGAAAAAGGCGCCAUUGACGGUCAAAUGACUUUUGGAAAUGAACUAGUCAAGGCCCUAAAGCUUGGCGUUAUUCCCCGGGGACGCGGAAAUGGAGGUGGGCGGACCAAGGGUCGACGCAAGAAGGGCGACCCAGCUGCCCCUGCAGUAGCAUCGCUACAAGCUGCAGUGGAUGCCGGCUCUGGUCAGAACGAGUCCUGGGGUCUCCUCGAACCGAUCCGGCCAAUUCUGGAACCUAUUACCAGUAUGCUCAAACCGCUUUGGAGUGGCAACAUUGUCAUUUUAAUCGUCGGAGUCCUCUUGUACAUGAUAUUUUUCCGGUCAUCAUCGCCUUCUUCCAUCCACGCACACGAUGCCGCUUACCCGGGCUUCAGCCUACCCAGCGACUGGCUGCAGGAUCGGACCGGAAUGGAUGGAAUGGUAUUCCCGACUCUUCAUCACAGAAUGGCCGAACCCGAAACAAGUCGCCGAGCGCCUCGUCUCAGUCCUUCAGACGAACGUGACCUGGCCGCGCGGUUACGCGAGGAAAAAGUGUCAGAUCGUGAAAUGGACCAUGCCAUCCGAACUACCCGCCAGCGCCUUGAUGUCCUUGAAGGAAUGAUGAACAAGCGUAAGACUCAACCUGCGGAUGAGUCUAUCCGUAUCGAUUUAUAG